UUCUGCUUCAGUGUUCCCAGACCUGUUUGGGGAAGAAGGUCUUUUUCAGUGCAAUAAAUAAUCCAAUGUGACAUCUAGACUAUGAGUCUAUGGGGUACUACUAAUGAGUUGCUUACUGGAAAGGGAGGAGGGAACGGAAAAAGUGGUGACGGAAGAGACAAAAUCCACACCUCGGUAGUGCAUCCCUCGCUCUCCAGACUAACGGUCGAGCUAGAAUUAAGGGGAAUGGAACCCGAAGCAGGACGUGCUCCAUCCACGUACCUUAACUCAUCACCAGUCAAAUUUCUCCCGAUUUACCAGCAGUGAGGCAGAUACUUUCUACCUCCAAUGCUACCAAUGCCAUUUACGAGAUGGUCCCCAGAACACUAGCGGUAUUUAGACGGGCCAAAUGCCGCACUGUAUUUCUUGUUCUCGGUUCAUAUUACUAUUCAGAUGGGGGUUAUCCAUCGUGAUGAUGUUGGACCUGCCUCUUCAAGUGUUCUAACUUGACCCCCAAGAAAGGGGCUCCACUCGGACCACGUACUAUCAACCAAGUAGAUAGGCGGCGCAGAACGAUAAACUAGACUAGUUAUCUAUCUAGACUACUAUCUGUCUGUCUAUCUAUCUACUCAUCGCUCUACUCGCUAAGAAACUUACUAACUUACUAAGAAAUCAUCAAAUUAAUGACGAU